UGUUUCCGGUUCCGGUCCACAUUCUAUAAGGUUUUAGCCAGGUUCCUGCUUCUUCUGCUCCACGCUCAGAUGAACCGAACUCCGGCUGGACCUCGGCGGAGUCCCGGUGCCCCUCGGCCGGCUUCAGACUGGACUUUCCCCGGAGUUCGGUCUCCAUUCGGAGGUUCUCCUCAGCGCCGAGGGGCAGGCUUCUCUCCCCGGUUCUGUCCCGGGUUCAGCAGAGGAACUAUGGACGGGUCACCGGCCCAUUUCAGCGGCGAGAGCCGGGGGUUCGGGGUUUCGGUCGGGAGGGGGUCCGGGUUCCGGCGACCCCAGUCCUUCAGUCCUCCAGGAGCUCCGAACCUGCAGGUGCUCAGAGACGUUCCGGUGGAGAGAUAUUUCAGUCCCUCCAUGCUGCAGGAUCCCUGGAGGACGCUGCAGCCUGUCACACCUGAAGCUGCUGCCAGGACCAGCUGAGCCAAUCAGAGCACAGAACCAAUCAGCACCCAGAGGAGCAACCUCUGCGAUUGGACAGACGUUUGACCAGCACAACAUUUUUAACCUUCUGGUUACUUUUGUUUUUACUGAUAAACUUUUUAUUUUAAUAAAAGUUAGAAACUUA